GGAGGAGCCGAGCGGCGGCAGCAGCAGGCGCGGCGGGGCGGAAGUCCUUUGUUGCAGCAGCAGAGGGAGCAGCGCGGGUGGCUCCGACCUUCUGCCGCCGCUUCGGUCCCGCGCGGAGCCCCCGGACCCCGCUGGCCGCGCGGCGGGACUGUAAUCAGAAUACAAGAUGGCAAGUACCAGCCACAGCACAUAUGUCCUUCAGCAGCUGAACAACCAAAGAGAGUGGGGUUUUCUCUGUGACUGCUGCAUUGCUAUUGAUGAUAUUUAUUUUCAAGCACACAAAGCGGUCCUAGCUGCCUGCAGCUCUUAUUUUAGGAUGUUUUUUAUGAACCACCAACACCCCACAGCCCAGCUGAAUCUCAGCAACAUGAAGAUCAGUGCUGAAUGCUUUGAUCUCAUACUACAGUUUAUGUAUUUAGGAAAAAUUAUGACUGCCCCAACCAACUUUGAGCAAUUUAAAGUGGCGAUGAACUAUCUACAGUUAUAUAAUGUGCCUGAAUGUUUAGAAGAUAUACAAGAUACAGACUCCUCUAAUUUAAAGUGUUCAUCUUCUGCUUCUAGUACACAGAAUAGUAAAAUGAUAUUUGGUGUGAGAAUGUAUGAAGACACACUUACUAGAAAUGGCAGUGAAGUAAACAGGUGGUGUACGGAGCCACCAAGUUCAACUGUAAACACAUCCCAUAACAAAGAGCCGGAUGAAGAAGCUUUGCAGCUGGGCAGUUUCCCUGAACAACUGUUCGAUGUUUGCAAAAAAAGCACCAUGUCCAAAUUCUCUAACACAAAAGAUCGUGUGUCACAUUCACGCCGCUUUGGAAGAAGCUUUACCUGUGACAGCUGUGGGUUUAGUUUUAGCUGUGAAAAGUUACUGGAUGAGCAUGUGUUAACAUGCACUAAUAGGCAUUCAUUCCAAAAUACCAGGUUUUAUGGUAUUGAAAAAAUUGACUUUAGUGAAAAAGACUCUACUUCUAAAAUACUGUCUGCACAAACAGAGAACUAUAAAGGGGAUACCAGUCAAGCAGCUGAUGACUCUUCAUCUCCAGUGUCAAAUAUAACAAGCAGAAAAAGUAGUAUAGUUGCAUCUGAGACAUCAGGUGAAGAAGGAAGUAGAGCCACUGAGAGGAAAAGGAUUAUCAUCAAGAUGGAACCAGAGGACAACCCGGAAGAUGAACUGAAAGAUUUUAACAUUAUUAAAGUGACAGAUAAAGACUGUAAUGAAUCUACUGACAAUGAUGAAUUAGAUGAUGAACAGGAAGAGCCACUUUACAGAUAUUAUGUUGCAGAAAAGAUCAAUGAAAAGAGACGUUCUCGAAAAACUCUAAAACCCCGGUUGUCUAUAGAUGAGAAUGCAAGAAAGUGUUUAAAAAACACAAGGCAUCUUAACAGGAAAGCCCCCCCAGUGCAGGAAGAUGCAGAGAAUGCUCCCUGUGAACUGUGUGGACUAACAAUUACAGAGGAAGAUCUAUCUGCUCAUUAUUUAUCUAAACACAUAGAAAAUAUAUGUGCUUGUGGCAAAUGUGGCCAAAUAUUGGUCAAGGGUAGACAGUUACAGGAUCAUGCACAGACAUGUGGAGAACCCCAGGAUCUGACAAUGAAUGGUAUAAGAAAUGCUGAGGAAAAAAUGGACUUAGAAGAGAAUCCCGAGGAACAGUCUGAAAUAAGGGAUAUGAUGUUUGCAGAGAUAUUGGAGGACUUCAGGGACAGUCACUUCCAAAUGAACAGUCUUCCAAACAAACAGUUAUAUAAGCAUUCUGCCUGUCCUUUCCGAUGUCCUAAUUGUGGUCAGCGUUUUGAAACUGAAACUCUAGUUGUUGAACAUAUGUCAAACUGCCUAGAGCAAGAUCUGUUUAAGAAUGCUAUUAUUGAAGAGAAUGAAAGAGAUCACAGACGCAAGCAUUUCUGCAAUCUUUGUGGGAAAGGAUUUUAUCAGCGUUGUCACUUACGGGAACAUUAUACUGUUCAUACCAAGGAAAAACAGUUUGUUUGUCAGACAUGUGGGAAGCAGUUUUUAAGAGAACGUCAGCUGCGGCUCCACAAUGAUAUGCACAAAGGCAUGGCCAGGUAUGUCUGUUCCAUUUGUGAUCAAGGAAACUUCAGAAAACAUGACCAUGUACGGCAUAUGAUAUCUCAUUUAUCAGCUGGAGAGACUAUAUGCCAGGUCUGUUUUCAGAUAUUCCCAAAUAACGAACAACUGGAGCAGCACAUGGAUGUUCAUCUGUAUACAUGUGGAGUAUGUGGAGCAAAAUUUAAUUUGAGAAAAGAUAUGAGAUCUCACUAUAAUGCCAAGCAUUUGAAAAGAACAUAAGCAUAAACAUACUGUAAAACAAGCAUUAAGUUGACAGCAGUGGGAAAACCAAAGCAAGGCAUACAAUAUAGCAGACAAAAAUUGAAUGAUUGCUGAAAACAAGUCUUUUGUUUAAAGACCCUCUUAAUCAUAGGUGUCUUUGUUGUAGGGUCAUUAAGUAUAUAUCUUUUAAAAGCAUCAAGUGUUUAAUUAUUACAUUUUCACUGUUGCCUACUAGCAAUUUCUGUUUUUAAUUUUGUUUUACUAAGUAGAUAUGAUACAAGUCAUUAUUUUUAAACUGUAGAGUAAAAGCACAAAUGUUACCCCUUAACUGACUUCUAUUAAACAAUUCUUAGUUUCAU